GUGCAGGAGCGGGGCGGACGCCGCCCCCGGGCAGGAGCAGCAAUGUCCGUGCAGGUGGCAGCCCCUGGAAGCGUGGGGAUGGCCCCAGAGCGCCUGAGCCCUGAGGAGCUGGUGCGGCAGACACGACAAGUGGUGCAGGGGCUGGAGGCCCUCCGUGCAGAGCACCGUGGCCUGGCUGGGCACCUGGCGGAGGCCCUGGCAGGACAGGGCCCGGUGGCUGGCUUGGAACUGCUGGAAGAAAAGCAGCAGGUGGUGAGCCACUCGCUGGAAGCCAUCGAGCUGGGGCUGGGCGAGGCCCAGGUGCUGUUGGCCCUGUCGGCACAUGUGGGCGCACUGGAAGCCGAGAAGCAGCGGCUGCGAGCGCAGGCCCGGCGGCUGGCCCAGGAGAACUCGUGGCUGCGGGAGGAGCUGGAGGAGACCCAGCGGCGGCUGCGGGCCAGCGAGGAGGCCGUGGCCCAGCUGGAGGAAGAGAAGAGCCACCUGGAGUUCCUGGGGCAGCUGCGCCAGUACGACCCGCCUGCGGAGGGCCAGCAGCCUGAGUCCCCCCCUCGCCGAGACAGCCUGGCCUCCCUGUUCCCCAGCGAGGAGGAGGAAAGGAAAGGUCCUGAGGCAGUGGGGGCCGCGGCGGCUCAGCAGGGUGGCUACGAGAUCCCGGCCCGCCUUCGGACCCUGCACAACCUCGUGAUCCAGUAUGCGGGGCAGGGCCGCUAUGAGGUGGCUGUGCCACUGUGCCGCCAGGCCUUAGAGGACCUGGAGCGGAGCUCAGGCCACUGCCACCCUGAUGUGGCCACCAUGCUCAACAUCCUGGCACUGGUGUACCGGGACCAGAACAAGUACAAAGAAGCCACAGACCUUCUCCACGACGCCCUGCAGAUCCGGGAGCAGACGCUGGGCCCUGAGCACCCCGCCGUGGCUGCCACCCUGAACAACCUGGCUGUCCUCUAUGGAAAGCGUGGGCGGUACCGGGAGGCGGAGCCCCUGUGCCAGCGUGCCCUGGAGAUCCGUGAGAAGGUCCUGGGCGCCGACCACCCAGAUGUGGCCAAGCAGCUCAACAACCUGGCCCUGCUGUGCCAGAACCAGGGCAAGUUUGAGGAGGUGGAGCGGCACUAUGCCCGAGCCCUGAGCAUUUAUGAGGCCCUGGGCGGGCCCCAUGACCCAAACGUGGCCAAGACCAAGAACAACCUGGCCUCAGCCUACCUGAAACAGAACAAGUACCAGCAAGCGGAAGAGCUGUACAAAGAAAUCCUCAGCAGGGAGGACCUGCCCGCCCCACUCGGAGCCCCCAACACAGGCACAGCUGGUGAUGCAGAACAGAUCCGUCGUCGGAGCAGUUCAUUCUCCAAGUUCCGGGAGUCUAUUCGGCGUGGAAGUGAGAAGCUGGUCUCCCGUCUCAGAGGCGAGGGGGCAGCAGGAGCAGCCGGGAUGAAGAGAGCUAUGUCGCUCAACACACUGCACAUGGAUGAUGCAAAGGCUACUGGGACCCAGGUGAGGGGGAGACAGGAGCACCUAGGUCAAGGAUGGAGUGGGGGGCCCAGGGACAAGGGAAGGGGACAGGCUGGUGUUGGAAGUCAGGGGGGGAGGGGAGGUUGGAAUGGACCAGAGGACAGAAUGGAUGGGUUUUACUUGGGGAUCAAGGUAGGCUGCUGGGGUAGCUGCUCUAGUGGCAGCUGGGGCAGGUGUGUCCUGCCCCUCACUCACCCAUCAGCCAUCCCUUGUGCCUGUCCCCAGUUCCCCAACCGGCACCUGAGCGAGGCCUCUCGGACCCUCAGCACCAGCACCCAGGACCUGGGCCCCAGAUAGUCAACAGGACCACGUGGCUGCAGCUUUUGGGGAAAGGGGUGGGCACAGGGGAUCCUUCCAUUUCCCUGCCUGGUGCCCCACCUCCUGGGGACACCCGGUGUAUUGGGCUGCCCUCCCCUCCUGCGAUUAAAGGCUGUAGGUUUGGUGCCAGGAGUGUCUGCCUGAGG